UCUGUGAGUUGUCAUCGCGUGGGCAGGUCCUCCAUGGACGUGCUCCUCACACGAGGGGGAUCACUCGUCCUCUCCCGCAGCAACUUGCGUAAAUUGCUUUAUAAGCCACACACAUGAGUUAACCACUACGCUGGUGAAAGUUUGAGGAAUGGCGCGUUUCCUAGUAUCGCGAGUUUAGCUCUUCGGGCGCUGCUGCUAACCCCGGAAGCAACCGCGUUAGGUUAGCUAACUGCUAAAACUGCAACAAAUGAACUAAAGUCUUUAUUUUGAGUCACGUUCACUUGAUGUAAGCUGCAGCCUGACGUCUGUGUUCAUGUAAACAGUCGCUUCGGGGUCUCGUUUAUCGUCUCCAGCCUUCAAUGAAUGGGCGCUAGUAGCGUUAGCUCGUUAGCUAGUCGCCAUUAGCUAGCAGUUGUUUUGAAACCUAUCUGUGUUUAGUCUUAAAUUAAAAUGUCCGCGGAGACCCGGAGGAGCUGGAUGUUGACCGGGGCCACGGUCGCUUGUGUCACCGCGCUGUAUGUGCCCUGUGUCCAGAGGACGGUCCCCGGGGGAGACUCAGGAGAGCUGAUCACCACUGCUUGUGAGCUGGGGGUGGCUCAUCCUCCAGGAUACCCUCUCUUCACCCUGCUAGCUCGCCUGGCUAUGUUUUUCCUGCCAUCCCUCUCUCCAGCCCACAGCGUCAACCUGAUGAGUAGUCUGCUUGGGGCGGCAGCUUGUGGUGCCCUCUGCAUUACUGUCUGCAGGUUGGCUGGUCCUGGCCCUGGAGCAGUGCUGACUGGAGGCCUGUUUGCAGUGUCCAGGCUGAGCUGGCAGUGGUCCAUGGUGGCAGAGGUCUUCACCCUCAACAACCUUUUUGUUGGUCUGCUCUUCUUCUCCAUCGCCAGCUUCCACUGUGCUCAAGACACCAAGAAAAGGUCGAAGAUUGCACAUUGGGGGGCGCUAUGCUGUGGCUUGGGGCUCUGUAACCAACACACCCUGGUGCUGUAUAUACUGGUCAUCAUUCCCUGGGUCUUUCUCAGACUCUACUCUCAUCAGGAGCUGUCAUUACGUGUCGUUGUAUCUCUGGGAGUGUGUUUCCUCGCUGGCUUUCUGCCGUACAUCUACCUGCCCGUCUCCUCCUACCUCAACACAGCCCGCUGGAGCUGGGGCGAUCAGACUAGUCUGUCAGGCCUGCUGACCCACUUACUGAGGGCUGAAUACGGCACCUUCAGCCUGGCAAAGACUGAGAGCUCUGUGAACAUCACCACUAUGCUACAGGCCCAGAUGGACCACUGCCUUGCAGACCUCUCCAUUCCCGUUUUGGUGCUGGCAGGAACAGGCCUUCUCCUCUCCAUGCAGGACAGGACGUGUCGCUCAGUGUCCUGGCUGUUUGCUGCCAUGUUGGUGGUCUACUCACUGUUUUUUGCUUGGAGAGCAAACCUGGACAUCAGGAGACCCCUGCUGCUCGGAGUGGUUGAGCGUUUCUGGCUGCAGAGUGAUGCCGCAGUGUGUGUGCUGGCAGGCCUCGGCUUGAGGCAGACUCUCACCGAGCUGGAGAGGAGGCUGGGCCUUGGGCGGGUGUGGAAGACCACAGGCUGGGUCCUCACCGUGGCUCUGCUGGGACAAAUGCUGCACAACAAUCACAGGGAGUGUGAUCAGAGCAUGAACAGUGUGGUGGAGAGGUUCGGCAGGGAGCUUUUGGGCUCUGUACCAAAAGACUCGAUCAUCCUGACGAGAGGAGAUCUGCCUGGAAACUCCCUGCGCUACUUAUACUACUGCCAGGGUGUACGGCCUGAUGUCCGACUGGUUGACCAGGAGAUGAUGACAUACGCUUGGUAUGUGGCCAAGCUAGGGCAGCACCACCCAGGGAUCCACUUCCCCGGCCGCUGGUGGGACCCGGUGCACCCUGAGGAGAAAGACACCUUCAAUCUGGAACAGUUUCUGUCCCACAACACGCAGAGGGAUGUUUUCGCCUGCAUUGGGCUGCCCGAUGGAGACCCGAGCUGGGAAAGUAGCUUCACUCGCUGGCCCAUGGGUGUGUGUGAAUAUUUGGUGCCAAUUCAGAGGCAGUUUGACCCUGAAGAGUGGGUUCAACACACGAGCAACGUCUACAACUGGAGCGAGCCACACAACAGUUUCCAUCCAGCAUCCUGGGAGCGUGUCGCUAAUGAGGAGAUGUGGCAAGCCAGGAUGAAGACGGCUUUCUUUCUGUUUGACCUGGCAGAAAGAAUGCAGGGAGAGGGGAGAGCUCGCCUCUUUGAGCUGUCUUACACUCUGUAUAAGGAGAUUGUGGAGGCCCACUCACACUACCCUCCAAACUGGGACAAGAACUUGGCACUGGCCUGUGAGAGGUUGCUCCGCUCGGGUCACCGCGGCUACACUCCAGACAGCCUGCUGACCUGCAGUACACAGCACUUCAGGCUCUACUUGGAGAAGGAACCCACAGAUCCCCAGGCUCCCGCCAUACGCUCGGCCAUUACUCACCUGCUCAGAGAGAGAGACGGCCUCGGCCAGAGCCGGAGGCAAACCCAAUGAUGAGAUCCAGGGAGACCUACGUGGAGCUGUCACACUGAGGGUGUGCUGUGAGCCCAGGCAAAGUGUGAGGGAAUGGGGAUGAAGUCUGGACCAAUGUGCCUCUUGUGAUGGUUAUAAGAUGGAUAGACUGAUGGAGAGGCGUGGACUUGGACAAACUGGACUAACAAGUACUGAUCUCCUGUUUUCUAGUUUGUUGUAGAACAGAAGGAUGGAGUGAAAAGGACUGAACCAUGGUUCAUUUGAUGACUGUUUAACAGUUGACUCGGGACAAAGCUUGACUUCAGGAAGCCUCGACUGACCCCAAUCAAGCUGUGCGUGCUCCCCCUAAACUCACCAUUCGAUUGCUUUAUCGUUACAUCUCGUUCUUUUUUUUUUCCCUCUCCUCUCUUCUGGUGAUUAUUUAGCCUCAGCUGCUGCUCUACUUCUCUUUUUCCACAUUAGGAUGGCGAGGCCAAGAUUGAGGGAAACCCAAUUUGGGGGCAGAAAUGGGGGAUUAGAGCCGUUGUUUAAUCUCGGACAGACUUGUGCUAUGCCACAGAGUCCUCACUACACACUAACAACACGACCCACCCGCCUGCUUGCCCACCCUUCAAUUCAAUCCAUCAGUUUAUCUUAGAUGGUCCUUGAAAUGUUUUAUAACUAAUGGAUUCUAUGAGUGUUUUUUUUCUCUCUCUCUUCCUUCCUAACCAGAGGGCUAUAAUCCCCCAUGGAUUUAAAUGAAAUGUGAAAUGUCACAAUGCCAGGGACCCUUUUAGAGGUGUGUGUGUGUUUGUGUGUGCGCUCAUGUUUGCAUGUGUGUUGAUCUGUGUUUUCAUGUCUACAUGUAUGCGUGUGUGAACAUGCUUAAAUCUCCACCCGAGCCCUUUUCCUGCCAGAACUGAAUAUAAACGUAGUCGAUAAACAGAUUGGGACACUGAAAAGCAAAGUGCUUUGAUCAUCAUGCAUAGGAGAACCAAAUCAGGCACACUCCAGGGACACAUGUAGAAACGCACGACUGUCAGCUCUCAGAAAAAUGGACUCUUUGCUCUGUGUUUACUUGUAAGACAGUGAUCACGCAAACUCAGCGAACGGACCAGAAUCGCUUGUCUUUGACGUGCAGUCAUGAUCACAAACCUUACGUUCAGGUGAAUACUGGUGCUGAUGCUAAUAAGCCUUGUGGCGUGAAAUGUGUCAAGCAGAGGUCAGCCCGGUGCGUUGCUGUAAGCUGUAUAAAACACUGCUGAAGGAGCCUGCUGUCUGAGAUACCACUAGAAAGCAAAGGACAGCAAGUGCAUGUGUAGUUUUCUCAGAAUGUAAUCUGGCCUUUCUGUUUGCAGGCCUGGUUAGCAGCUGUCAGCUGGCUGGAUGAUGAGAUUCAACCUGCUGCAGCACAGAUGGUUUGGUUUUGUCAUAAAAAAGGGAAAACUGUCACUCUGCUUUCUAAAGAUUAAGAUUUUACAAUAAAGACUUGUUUCUAUUUUUAUAUAUUAUGGACCCCGUUCCAUGGUAGACUGCCUUUUGGGGAACAAAUAUUGAUCAUAUUUGUUAAAUUAAAAUUAAAAUCAGAGUAUU